AUGGCUCAGCUCCAGGUUAGAGGUGCAAGGUUUAGCUGGACUACAGCGCUCGCCCUGUUCCAAUUUACCUACCUGCUGCUGGGGGCUACUGUUUUCCAACUGCUUGAGAAAGAGGCCGAGAGCCAGAACCGCAACCACUUUCAGAUCGAGAAGCUCAACUUUCUGGCCAACUACACCUGCCUGGAUGGACCAGCAUUGGAGAAGUUUGUGAAGAUCAUCUUAGAUGCUUGGGAACAUGGCGUGAACCCUUCUGGAAAUUCCACUAACCCAAGUAACUGGGAUUUUGGCAGUUCUUUCUUCUUUGCAGGAACAGUAGUAACCACUAUAGGUUAUGGGAAUCUGUCACCCACCACAUAUUCUGGGCAGGUUUUCUGUGUCUUUUACGCUCUGUGUGGCAUCCCUCUUAACUUGGCCUUCCUUAACCAGCUCAGCAAGUGUCUUACCCUUCAUCUUGGCCGUUUGGAACGUAGCAUGAUCUCAGUGGUGCCUCACAAGCAGUGUGUGGAAGUGCUGGCAGUGGUCUUAUUUUUGCUGAUGGGCAGUGUGCUCUUCCUGGUCUUUCCCCCAUUGAUCUUUAGCUAUGUGGAGGGCUGGUCAUAUGGAGAGGGCUUCUAUUACGCCUUUAUAACUCUCAGCACCAUUGGCUUUGGAGACUAUGUGGUUGGAAAUGGCCAGAACAAGCAGAAUGUGUCUGUGUACCGCAGCCUGGCAGCAGUGUGGAUCAUCUUUGCUCUGGCAUGGCUUGCCCUUAUCCUUAACAUUGGCGCCAGGAUCAUGGAGUAUUUUCUUUGCUUCCAGCAGCUCUCUGUCACUCCCGGAGAUGAGCAUAGACCUUCAGAAGGAAAGCAGGAGGAUGGCCUGAGUACACCAGAGAUGCGUUCUUCAGAGAACGGCAAGGGAAAGUACUUUAUUAAAAUCAGAGCAGCUUAGGUAACAGCUGUUGUCAGAUGGGAAACUGGGCUGACAUGUUUCAACUAUACUAUUUUAUAAAUAUUAAUACGGAGGUUACAGUGUGGGUGGUUCAUUAUGCACAGUUAACAUUGUACACUUGAUGUCUAACUGAAUGUCAGCAUAUCAUUUAUUUGUAUGGUUUAUUUUAUACACAUUAGCAAUGGGUGUGGCAGAAGCACCUGAACUCAAUAAGGAGAUUUCAUAAUUUUUUUCAACAAAUGUUUUAUUUAUUUUAUUUUUUGACUAAAUUAUUUAAA